GCGUCGUCAAGAGAUUAUUAAUUGUACUGGAAGAGAGAGAAUGAGGCCGACGGAUGGUGGCGGCGGUGCAGGCUGGUUGUUUGGCUCUCACCCGCCUGGUCUGGUGACAGACAGGCCGUACUUUGUUCCCACGCCCGUCCUCCACCCCCUCUUGGAAGCCUCGCUCAGCUUUCCUCCUCCCAAAUCCCUCAACAGCCCUCUACGCAGUCCUUAUACCUCUCUCUCUACCCUGCAUAUUACUUAUUCCCUCCGUCUCUGAUCCUCUUCAAUCCCCUCAUCUCCUGCUCUUUGACCCCCCUAUCACGACCACCGAGCCCCAACAACAAACUGCAUCCGUAACGUCCCAAUCCCAACAGACAUGGCCACUCACGGUCCCAUCAACGGCGUCAAGAUCUCUGCGGUAGACGAUCCUCGCAAAGUGAUCAAAGUCGUAGCGUCCGACGGCAAAACUGGAGAGACGAGGGAUCUCCAAUACACAAACUGCAAAGUCAUCGGAAACGGUUCUUUCGGAAUCGUCUUCCAAGCCAAGCUGCUGGAUGAGUCAACAUCACCCAACUGCGACAUUGCUAUCAAGAAGGUUCUCCAGGAUAAGCGAUUCAAGAACCGUGAACUUCAAAUCAUGAGACUUGUAUCCCACCCCAACGUGGUCGAGCUGAAAGCUUUCUUUUACUCCAAUGGUGACAAGAAAGACGAAGUGUACCUCAACCUUGUCCUAGAAUACGUCCCAGAGACUGUCUACCGCGCAAGUCGCCAUUAUGCAAAGCUGAAGCAACCCAUGCCCAUGCUUCAAAUCAAGCUCUACAUGUACCAAUUGCUGCGCUCGUUGAUGUACAUUCACUCUGUUGGCAUAUGCCACCGAGAUAUCAAGCCCCAGAACUUGCUCCUCAAUCCAGCUACGGGCGUUCUCAAACUUUGCGACUUUGGUUCAGCGAAGAUCCUGGUGACAGGCGAGCCCAACGUCAGCUAUAUCUGCUCUCGGUACUACCGGGCGCCAGAACUCAUUUUUGGGGCGACAAACUACACUACCAACAUUGACAUCUGGUCAACGGGUUGCGUCAUGGCAGAAUUGAUGCUGGGACAGCCUUUGUUCCCCGGAGAGAGUGGGAUCGACCAAUUGGUGGAGAUCAUCAAGGUUCUUGGAACGCCCUCGCGGGAGCAGAUCAAGACGAUGAACCCUAACUACAUGGAACACAAGUUCCCUCAAAUCAAGCCUCAUCCGUUCUCGAAGGUCUUCCGACCCCGAACGGCUGCAGAGGCGAUCGAUCUUGUCGCCAAAUUGCUCGAGUACACUCCUGAGGCUCGAUUGAGUGCAGUCGAGGCGAUGUGUCAUCCCUUCUUUGAUGAGCUUCGAGUGGAGGGAGCGAGGAUGCCUAAUGGCAAGGAAUUCCCACCUCUGUUCAACUUCACGCGAGAGGAGUUGUCCGUCCGUCCGGACCUUAACCGCCAGCUCGUUCCGCUUCACUGCGAGCGGGAGCUGGCCUCACGCUCUAUUGACAUCAACAACUUCGUGCCGAUACCACUGGAACAGCUUAGGAUCUCCCUGGAUUGAUCUGAUCGCACUGGGCAAGAAAGGACAGGGGGAUGAGAGCUUUUGUCACACCGCCGGGGACUCUUCUACUUUGACCGCUAUUAUUGUGUCGUCCAACAUCUCCUCUCUUGUGUUCAAUUCUAUAUCUACUACAUACGACUUCCAUUUUUUUUCUUUGGCCCCAGCACCCAACGAUUCUUUGCCGCUUCCAAUGGCAAUCGUCGAGUCUACAUAUCCGCACUUUCUCCAAGCUUGUGCUUUGUCAUCUUUUGUCAUUUCUUUUCUUUCGGUCCCUGUCCGGCUGCCAGUCAACUCUUACGUCGUCGACGACGAGUUCCCUGUAGUCCUCUGUCUCUCUGUGCCAUCCUCCGUUUUUCCUUUCCGUUUGUUUCUGUUUUCAUAUGUCCUUCCAGCUGUGUGUCUAUAUAUCAAACGAAGUCGCCGUGAUAGGCUGGGCUUAUAGCUAUCAUUGUAUACAUUGAUUGUUGUAUGUUCUUCUUGAGCAUUUCUUUUAUUGGAAUGCGUAUGUAG